AUGUCGAGGCUGCUCCAGCGAGCGCGCGCGGCGCAAAGCGACCCGCCGCAAGAUGUAGACGGCGCCUCUUCCGACAGCGACGAAGGGGAGUCCGACUCACCGGCAGCCUCUCCCGCGCGCCAGCGCGGAUUCAGCGCCCUGCUUGGGAGUGACGAGAGCGAGGAGGAGAGCGAGGAGGCGAGCGAUGACGAUGCGGAGCCCGAGGAGGAGGAGCAACGGGGCAAAGGUGCGGUGUGUGAGCAGCCAGGCGAGGUGGGCGCAACCUCAGAACGGCCGAGCACUCCGCCCGAGCCGCGGGUCCGCCGCGGCAGGGCCAAGAACAAGCCGAGAGCAGAGGGCCGAGCCGAGGAGGAGGAGGACGAGGAGGAGGCGCUUCUGGCGGCGGCGCAGGAGCAGGCGCGCGCCGCCGCCGCCGCCGCCGCCGCCGCCGAGCAAGAGGCGAGCACGUGGCGGGUGGAGCCGCAGUCGCUCAACGCAGAGACUGAGCUGCGACGCCGGUUCGGCGCGAGGGCGGUGCGGGCGGCGCAGCACGAGAUGCGGCAGCAGGCGCGCGGCCUCGGCGGCCGCGGCGGCCGCGGCCGCGCCGCGCCGCGCCGCAGGGGGCUGCUCAUCACCCCGAAGGCGGAGUGGCCUCGGCCCGACGCGGCGCGCCAGGGAGGCGCGGAGUGGCCUCGGCCCGACGCGGCGUACCAGCAGAGCGUCCUGGGGGGCGGCGAGGGAGGCCAGGUGCUGUACACCUACCAGCCGACGGCGCGGCACGCGGCGCUCAGGCGCGAGCGCGAGCUCGAGAUGCUCGUGCAGCACACCGCCGACCCACAGGCCCUCUUCGACCUCGUGCGGCACGAGCCCGGCCACGUCGAGGCGCUGCUGCAGCUGCACGCCGUCGCGCGCCAGACGGGGCAGCGCGAGCGCGCGGUCGAGCACCUCGAGCGCGCCCUCUACUCGCUCGAGCUGGGCUUCCACCCCACCUUUGCGCAGGCAUGGCUCCGCGGCGAGGCGCGGCUCGACUAUGACCAGCCGGCCAACCGCCCUCUCUUCACCGCCCUCCACCUCCACGCCGCCGGGCUGAGCCAGCGCGGCUGCCCCGCUGCCGCUCUCGCCGCCGCCACGCUCUUGCUCUCGCUCGACCGAUCGGACCCGACCUCGGUGCUGCUCUGGCUCGACUCCCUCGCCCUCCGCGCCGGCCGGCCGCACCUCCUCGCCGAACUCGAGAGGGACCUCCCCGUCGCAGCCUCCCUCCCGGGAUGGGCCUUCUCGGCCGCCCUCGCCGCGCGCCUCGCAGCGGCCGAACUGCCCGCCCCCUCCGACCCCUCCUCCGCCGCCGCCGCGUCCGCCGCCGCCGCGUCCGCGUCCGCCGCCGCCGCGUCCGCCACUGGCCGCCUCGCCUCGGCGCUUCUCGCUUUCCCGGAGGGGCUCCCCGCGCUCCUACCGUCGUCGAGUGCC